AUGGCCGCGGUCAGCGCCCAUGUGGUCGCCGUGUGGCAUGAGCACCGGCGCAUGUUCCUCGCGUCCAUGGGCAUCGUCUUCAUGGGCCUCAUCUUCUUCCUCGUGACGACGUCAGGCAUCUCGCCGUUCCCGCCGCCGUCGCCGCCAUCCCCGCCCUUUAUGACGUUCAACGUUCUCCAGUACAACAUCUUUGACCGGCCAUAUGCAGUGUCACACGACGGCCAGGCCGAGCGCCUUGCGCGCAUUCCGCAGUCGAUUCUGACGCUGUGCCCGCACUCGUGCGGCGGUGUCGACGUCGUGACCUUCGCCGAGAGCGACAUCGAGUCGGACCGCAACGUCAUGCUCGAGGCCUUCACUAAAGCAGGAUACCUCUACCAUACGACGAUCCUUGCCGAGACGGACCCGUUCACGAGCUUGAUCAAUGGCGGCGUGCUCAUCGUGUCCAAGUGGCCGAUUCUCCGCGAGGCCCAGCACAUCUACCGCGGUGCAUGCCACUACUCGGACUGCCUUGCAGCGAAAGGCGUCAAGUACGCACGUGUCAACAAGACCGUCCAUGGCGUCUCGAAAGCCUUCAACGUCUUUGCGACGCACAUGCAGGCGUGGUCGACAAAAGAAGGCAUGGAAGACCGCAUCAAGCAAGCGCAGCAGUUUUACGCCUUUGCUCAAGCGCUGGCGAUUCCACAUACCGAGCCGAUGGUGUUUGCUGGCGACUUUAACGUCGACAACCACUCGUUCCCGGACGAGGUGUCGAACCUUGUGCGCCUCUUGCACGCGACGACGCCGACGCGCGUGGGCAGCGAGCUCUUCACCAGCGAUCCGCAUCUCAACGUGCUCGUGGGCCGAGACGGCGCAGCCAAGUCGGGCAAGUGCCUCGACCAGUACGUGGCAAGCUGGGGUCCCCUCCAUGACAAACUGUACACGCCCAACUACCUCACACGCCUCACGUGUGGCACGCAAGGAUUGAAUACUACGACGAUUACCUCGAGCCAAGUGUUUCGCGACCCGUCGUCGGCCAUGUGUUUUUGUCCGUGCUGUCCGUCCGAGUGGCUCGACUACGUCUUGUACGCCGAGCUACCGUACCAGCAGCCGAUCGGUGCGCCGACGCUCGAGUCAAUCGUCAACCAAGUGCCGGCGGCGUUUCCGGUACCGUGGAGCGGCCCAUCGUUCUUGCCGUCGUCGGCCGACAACGCGUCCUUGGCCCUCGUGGACCUUUCGGAUCAUUUCCCGGUCCUUGGCAAGUUCAAGUUUCCGCUGAAUGCGUCCGAGCCAGUCGUGCACCUCGACGGGUGCUCGAACGACGACGACUGCCGCUUCCAUAGUCUUCGUUGCUACUGCGAGGGUCCGGGCUGCUACUUUAAUGGCAGCCACAUUGAUGGCGGCACACUGCCGUCCGACCACCCCGUCAACAAGAACUGCAUCUUGCUCAAGACGCGCUUCGUUUGUGCGUGCGGCCCGACGUAAACAUGCGCUAUCUUUCUAUCGUUGUCACUGCCCACGAUGUUGCGCUGACUGGGAGCCUCGACCAUCCUCAAUCGUUUCUUUAUAAAUAAGACGCUGUCGUUGC